CCAGCCUCGACAUUUCUACUCUUACACUGCUCCUUGUGCAAUUGGUUACUAUUAGAAGUCUAGCAGCUCCAAACAGAAGUGCGUCGACCGAGCUCUACACUGGAAGUACCGUGCUCUAGAUAUGUCGUCCAGAAAAAGCAAUUACUAUGCCUUCGCAAAUCCGAUAGAGAGACCCUGCUGUCAAACCAAUUCUGUGCAACAUGGAGAUUACCCGCCGAUCGACACUGUGCAACAAGGCGAUUGUCCGUCGAUCAACACACUCGUCUCAUCCAAGAAAAAGCAUACCUAUAUUUGGCAGUGCUGUUAUUGUGGAUACCCUUCCAUCCCAUACAGAAGCUCAGCCUGCCCUAGAUGUGGCAGUGGCAGAUGUGGGAACUGCCUGAUCACAAAGGUGCAAGUCCGAAGCUGAGAGCGGCGAGGGCGAGGGCGAGGGCGGAACGGUAUACCAUGUAUCCCCACACCUGUCCGAAACGCGACCACUGGUCGACCAAAAAAACAUGUUGCAUCCCAGGCGACGUUCAAGUCUCUUUGUACACAGCAUUGGCAAGCGGGGAAAGCAAGGCACGACGACAAGCAGCGGCCGUUGGAUGGACAUUGUUAGAUGCAU